CAGCGCUGCCGGGCGCCCCGGCCUCGGGGGCCGUCCCCGGGGGCACCCGCGUAGCCUCGCUGCAUGCAAACAGCGGGCCCGCGGCGGCCGGCCGGGGUCGAGCGAACCGGCCCUGCCCGCCACCUCCCCGCCAGGCACGGCGGCCGCCUGGCCCCGGAGAGCCGCGAGAGCCCCGAGCCGCUUCCCCGCAAGCCGUGGGCCGUUUGUCCGCCUCUUACAGAAUUGACCUCGGGAGCGCCGAACCCUCCCCAGGCCGGGCUGCGCACGCAGGGGCGGCUUUUGGUUUCUUUUCAGCAUCUCAGCUGUGCGGCGCCGCGCACCCCGCGCUGCCACCGUGCUGCCAAACUCGCGUGGGCUGCGGGGCCGGCUCGGGGCAGCCCCGCAGGAGGAACGGGGCUUAUCGGCCCCCGGCCCUUCCUUCUCCUUGCUGCUGGUGCUACCGCGCCGGAGGAGGCAGAGCCCGCAGAGCGCUUGCCCUUCGGGCAAGCCCUUCGGGCCGUGGUUCCCGCUGCUCCCGCCGGCCCCGGAGCUGCGUGUCGUGGAGCUCCGGCCCCGUACUGUCCGGCCCGGGGCCGUGGGGCCGGGCCGAGGGAGAUGGCCCCGGCGGGAGCCGGUCGCUUCGGGCUGUCCUCUUGCGCCUCGGCGGGCGGGGGGCGAGGGAGGAGGCCUCGGCCAGGCGGGAGCGCCGAGCAGCCCGGCGGGGGCGGCCCGAGGGGACGUUUGCAUCGAAGGGGAAGCUCGGUCCCGCUGCCCCGGCACUACCGCCCCCGACCCCUGUCCCCGCCGUCGCCCAGCUGUGGGGCUGCAGCGUCGGAAAAGACGGAGCGGAGCGGGGCGGCAGGGCCGCAGCCCGGCCGGCAGCAUCCCCGGCACCCGCGAGAGGCUCGGCCGCGCCGGGCGGGCGGCGAGUCCCGGGAGUGCCGUGUGGCGGUCCCAGCAGGUUACAGCACCGUGGCUUUCGAUGGGACUCCGAGCUACGGCCACACGCCGUCUCACCACGCUGCCCAGUUUACAAACCACUCUUUCAAACACGAGGACCCCAUCAGCCAGCAGACCUCGCUAGGGGAUCAGCAGUACUCGGUGCCUCCCCCGGUGUACGGCUGCCACACCCCCACGGACAGCUGCACGGGCAGUCAGGCCCUUCUCCUCCGGACCCCCUACAACAGUGACAAUUUAUACCAAAUGACCUCACAGCUUGAAUGCAUGACAUGGAAUCAGAUGAACUUGGGAUCCACACUGAAGGGCCAUACAGCAGGAUAUGAAAAUGAGAACCACAGUGCUCCCAUGUUAUACAGCUGUGGGGCCCAAUACAGAAUACACACCCAUGGAGUUUUUAGAGGCAUACAAGAUGUCCGACGGGUGCCCGGAGUAGCACCAACUAUUGUCCGAUCAGCAAGCGAGACAAAUGAAAAACGUCCCUUCAUGUGCGCGUACCCUGGCUGUAACAAGAGAUACUUUAAGUUGUCCCAUUUGCAGAUGCACAGCAGAAAGCACACUGGUGAAAAACCCUAUCAGUGUGAUUUUAAGGACUGUGAACGAAGAUUUUCUCGUUCAGACCAACUCAAACGGCACCAAAGACGACACACAGGUGUGAAACCCUUCCAGUGUAAAACCUGUCAGAGAAAGUUCUCCAGAUCUGAUCAUCUGAAGACUCAUACCAGGACUCAUACAGGUAAAACAAGUGAAAAGCCUUUCAGUUGCCGAUGGCCCAGCUGUCAAAAAAAAUUUGCCAGGUCUGAUGAAUUAGUUCGUCAUCACAACAUGCACCAGAGGAACAUGACUAAACUGCAGUUGGCCCUUUAGACAGUUCAAACAAGUGAAUAAACCAGAUGGGACACUAUGAGCUACUGCAAACUUUAUCAGCCAACUUCGAUCACCUCUGUCAGAAAGCUGCAGCUGUCUUCGCAUCCCAUUUGACACAAGUUAACUAAACCGUAGGAUUCUGCUCAGCUUUGUCUUCCAUUUGGACUUACAAAAUUUCUUAUUCAAAAAGUUCAGAAGAUUUUUAUUUGUAAUUUUGUUAAAAAGUGAGCAAGAUUUCCGCAGUUUCAAGAUUACUCUAACCUAUGCUUACCUUCCAUGAGUGUUUCCAGUUUUCUGUUUUUAUUUUCUCUUGAACUUUUCUAGGUACAUUUUAUUCUACCUUUUUAAGUCCAGCAGCAGGUAGGGUGAUUAGUCCCUGUUGAAGGUAAGCUUUACGCUUACUACUUUUGUGCAUAUCCUGAAGUUUCCAAAUGCUAGUAGUUAUCCUCACCAGAUGAGACAGAACAAUCACCUGAGAUACUUUCGGUAAGCUUUGUACUCGUACUGCCAAAGGGCAAGCUUUUAAAGUUGGAAGCAAUGCUUCUGAAUUUCAGAAAUCAAACCUUUUUUUAAAGAAAUUAUUUCUAGAGCAGCUAAAGUUAGAUGAACCAGAACUCUGAACUCUGUACAGAAAAUAAGAAUCUUACCAUUAAGUUAACUUGUUAACUUGUUUUUUAAAUAAUCACAUAAUUGAUCCCUCCAAACUGUUUUGUUUGUCAAAUAACUCUCUUUCCCUCCACUCCCCCCCCCCCUUUUAAUGUAUUGGUUUAAAUUUAUUCCAUCAUGCGAUGCAUAGAUCUCCUUUACACAAAAGUGAUUCCAAUCAUUGUAGACAUUUGGGAUUUGUUUACAAUGUAAAGCCACACUGGUUAUGUGGCUAGAAAGCUGUAUAAACUUAAAACUGAACUUUUAAUGGGGCUGGUCCAGGAUCUCCAUUAACAGAUUACUCUUAAGAUAAGUAACUUAAAAAGACUCUUUGUCAAGUAUAUGUGAAAAAGACAUUAUUAGUGUAAGGAAAUAUAUUGUUUCAGGGUUUUGGGAGGAGGGGUUUAUUAUUUACUUUUAAUUGCUUGAAAUUGUGUGUAUAUAUAUAUCUGAUAAUGUAUUGCUCUUAGACAUCUAAAAUUAGAAAGUGUAUAAAUAUUAGAUGCAUCACUGUUCUGAUGUUGUUGCUGUUACAAGCUAUUGAUAACACUAAGAAUGUAACCUGCAUUUUUCACUGAGCUUUCAAUUAAAGCCCAUUCAAAGAGAAACAAA